CUUAAUAGGAAUGAAUUCUUCCAAAACCAAACUAGAACUCCAGAAGCACCUGACGACAUUAACUAAUCAGGAGCAAGCAACUAUUUUUGAAGAGGUUCAGAAAUCGAGACCAAGAAGUGAACAGCGAGAGAAUGAAUUGAUUAUUUCUUUCCUGAGAUGUUUAUAUGAAGAGAAACAAAAAGGUCACAUCCACAUUGGGGAGAUAAAGCAGACCUCACAGAUUGCAGCAGAGAAUAUUGGAAGUGAGUUACCACCGAGUGCCACUCGAUUUAGACUAGAUAUGCUGAAAAAUAAAGCCAAGAGAUCUUUAACAGAGUCUUUAGAAAGUAUUUUAUCCCGGGGUAGUAAAGCCAGAGGCCUCCAGGAACACUCCUCCAGUCUGGAUCUGGACAGCUCCAUGUCUAGCACUUUAAGUAACACGAGCAAAGAGCCGUCCGUGUGUGAGAAAGAGGCCCUGCCCGCCUCCGAGAGCUCCUUCAGGCUCCUCGGCUCCUCGGAUGACCUGUCCAGUGACCUGGAGAGCCAGCCCGCAGAAGAGCCUGCCCCACUGUCACCCCAGCAGAGCUUCCGAAGGCGCGCCAACACCCUGAGUCAUUUCCCCGUGGAGUGCCCGGAGCCUCCGGAACCGGCUCAGGGGUCUCCGGGGGCCUCCCAAAGGAAACUUACGAGGUACCACUCAGUGAGCACAGAGACGCCUCAUGACCGGAAUGUGAAUCAUCCAGCUGUGGGCGAGUCUAAAAGUUGCUCAGGUCAGUCUUCAGCUCCUGCUCUUCCACCUCGUCUUAACCCCUCCGCCUCCUCGCCAAAUUUUUUUAAGUACCUAAAGCAUAGCUCAAGUGGAGAACAAAGUGGGAAUGCUGUGCCGAAGAGCGUCUCCUACCGUAAUGCCCUGCGGAAAAAACUUCAUUCUUCUUCCUCUGUGCCAAAUUUUCUAAAAUUUCUGGCUCCUGUAGAUGAAAAUAACACCUCUGACUUUAUGAACACGAAAAGGGACUUUGACUCCAAAGCUAACCACCUUGGCGACGCCAGCAGGACCCCCGUGAAGACACGGAGACACUCGUGGAGGCAGCAGAUAUUCCUCCGAGUGGCAACCCCACAGAAAGUAUGCGACUCUCCCAGCAGAUAUGAAGAUUACUCAGAACUGGGAGAGCUUCCACCACGAUCUCCUUUAGAACCAGUUUGUGAAGAUGGACCCUUCGGCCCCGUCCCAGAGGAAAAGAAAAGGACAUCUCGCGAGCUUCGAGAGUUAUGGCAAAAGGCUAUUUUACAACAGAUACUGCUCCUCAGAAUGGAGAAGGAAAAUCAGAAGCUGCAAGCCUCUGAAAAUGAUUUGCUGAACAAGCGCCUAAAGCUCGAUUAUGAAGAAAUCACUCCUUGUCUCAAAGAAGUAACCACAGUUUGGGAAAAGAUGCUUAGCACCCCAGGAAGAUCAAAAAUUAAGUUUGACAUGGAGAAAAUGCAUUCGGCUGUUGGUCAAGGUAAGCUUUAUGGGAAAUCCAUCCAGCCAUCCUUACCUCACAUUGAUGAUGUAACUGAACACAGUAGCAGGUAUCUGGUUCUGACACUGUGUGUGUGUCUGUCCCCGCAGAUCCAGAUGUACCAGCUCUCAAGGCUUCUUCACGAUUACCACAGAGACCUCUACAAUCACCUCGAGGAGCACGAAAUCGGCCCCAGCCUCUACGCCGCGCCCUGGUUUCUCACCGUGUUUGCCUCCCAGUUCCCACUGGGAUUUGUAGCCAGAGUCUUUGAUAUGAUCUUUCUUCAGGGAUCAGAGGUCAUAUUUAAAGUGGCAUUAAGUCUGUUGGGAAGCCAUAAGCCCUUGAUUCUGCAACAUGAAAACCUAGAAACCAUAGUUGACUUUAUAAAAAACACCCUUCCCAACCUGGGCUUGGUGCAAAUGGAAAAGACCAUCAGUCAGGUGUUUGAGAUGGAUAUCUCUAAACAAUUACAAGCCUAUGAAGUUGAGUACCACGUGCUUCAAGAAGAACUUAUCGAUUCCUCUCCUCUCAGUGACAACCAAAGAAUGGACAAAUUAGAGAAGACCAACAGCAGCUUGCGCAAACAGAACCUUGACCUCCUUGAACAACUGCAGGUGGCAAAUGGUAGGAUCCAGAGCCUGGAAGCCACCGUUGAGAAGCUUCUGACCAGUGAAAGCAAGCUGAAGCAGGCCACCCUUGCCUUGGAGCUGGAGCGAUCAGCCCUGCUGCAGACGGUGCAGGAGCUCCGGGGGCAGAUGACAGCAGAGCCGCGCGGGCCGGAGCCUGACCUCACGGGACCCGGGCCCACGGGCGACUGAUGGCGGAGGAGACGCCUCCUCGCCAGAGCACGGCUCCGGGGGAGACUCGGCGGCCCCGUCCUAGCACUGUCCAGGCCUUAACUGAGAGGGACAGAGGAUGCCAGAGGAUGCCAGAGGAAGAGAACAAGGCAUGACGCGUGCUUCUCAGGGAGGACGCUGGCUUGCCAGCAUGCAGACUUCUGAACUAGAACUUGCAAGUCAUGGGGACGGAGGGCCCAGUGUUUUUGUUGUUGUUUAGGUUGCAAUUCGUCCCUUCUUUAGUCCCUUUUACUGUACCCAGUAGGUUUAGGUGGCAUGGAUGUGAAUAAACGCACCUUCAUGUUUCCUUGUUGUUUCCUUAUUCAGCAUCACUGUGCUUGCAAAGGUCAGUUAGUCCUGUGGAAGUGCAAGGGCCGGGAGGGCUCUAGAUGAGUCCUCUGGCUCAGAUGUGGGUCCAUUGGUCUUCCACGGCGGGUUUGUGGGACCACACCCUCUGGUCCCCAGCAGGCCAUGCAGCCUGCCCCUGUCUGUUUUGGCCACGGAAGCCCCAGAGAACCAUUAGGACAUCUUGAAUUUAGCACUCUCCUGGGUAUUUACUGAAGUUUGUCUUUUUUAAAAAAAUAGUUUUCAUUUUUUACUUGGUCCUUAAGUAUCAAUCAAAGUCAUUGUAGAUAAAUGUUUUAUGGGUAAAUCACCAGUUUUUAGGCUCAAACCAAGUGUUGCUAGUGAGCGACCUGCAUUUUUAGACUCUGAGAUGUUUAUUUCUUUGUGGGUUUUCGUCACCCUCUUAGAGCCGGGUAUUUCUUUUUGCUGUUGUGUGAUGCAAAGCAGCUGUGAGUCCCUUUGAGUGUCCACCCUUGGGAGUUGUGUUCCCUACGGAAGUAGCCAGGUGCAUCAGGAUUGUCAUGGGUCAUGGGUGCCAGAGAUCCUGGGACUUUGGAAAAAGCCAUCAGCCUGAAAUCGCAAUCAGAUAGAUGGCAGUUGAGCGCAGUUUUUCAGAGCUGGGAAGUGUGUUCUGAACAUUACUCACACCACGGAGACCCCUUCCCUCGGGAGGAUGAGAACCCUGGGCCUUCAACAAGCAGAGAGCCGCUGGUGGCUGGCGUGGCCUCGUCGGGGCCCUGGUGAGGCCUCUGCACGAGCGCUCUCCGGAUGGGCCCUUUCUGACAGCAGGAUCGCUCUGGCCUUCGUCAUGGUAGUCCGCCCUAGUCCACAGGGCCUUCUUGUGACCCUCUCAGCAGUAGGCAUCUCUUUCAGCCUGAGGUCAAAGGAAGGAUUUUCACACUGGAAGUCGUCGCAGGUCUCCCCAGACGUGUCCAAGGGUGACAAACGCGCUCUCCCCGGUGCCUCACGGUUGGCCAACAUCUGGGGCUCUCCCGGACCCCGUGUCGGAGGGUAGCGGUUCUCCUCACAAAUCAAGAUGACCAGCGCAGUAGCCUCCAUCCCGAGUUGUCCCACCAGAUAGAGGAGUUAACAUUUGAGGGCUUCUUUCUACCUAUUUUGCUGUUUGAAUGUUUAAUAAUGUUGAAUUUUGGACAUCUUAUUACCAUUACUCAGAAAACAUGGACUCUGUAUUAAAUAAUAAAUGAGACAGCAAUAAAUCUGUGCCCACACUUU